ACUCAUCGAGACGCAGCGAAGACUCGGUCGACUAUCUCGACUAAAAAAUAUAGUUUAAAUUCGAUUUAUACUUUAUUUCUUUCGCCAGGAUUCACUAAUCCCUUAAACGACGCUGUGGUAAAAUUGGUAAUUUUAAUUGACAGCAUUUGGGAAUAUUUGGCAUCACAAUUAACAGCGUUGGCGUCGAUGGCAUGCGGACGUUGAAGGCACAGCGGAAGAAAAGGACAUGAAUGUAUUUACUAAGUAUUUUUGUGCACAUCUGGUGUUGCCUUCAAGGGAUGUGGGAUUAUCUAACACGUCAGCAGCUCUCUGGACAACGAAAUCAUUCAUAGACUUUUUAGCGGACUCCCAUCUUCCAACAUGCCGUUGCAGUCAAGGAGGCAAUGGACGACCGUCGUGUUCGGCGUCAUUAUCGGCUUCACUGCCUGCCAUUGGUUCAUUCUACCCCAAGUACUGGAAAGGAAACAGAAUGAAUCCCCGUGUUCGUUUAAUAGUGCCGCCGGGAAAAUACCGUCGAGUCCCGGUCAUAUGGACAACCGUGACGACAACCGGGAAGCCGAAAGCCGCCCCAGACACUUACUCUAUGUGGGCGUGAUGACGGCUAAAAAGUAUAUCAAUUCCCGGGCCGUGGCUGCGUUCAAUACCUGGGUAAAAUCCAUUCCCGGGAAGGUGGAGUUCUUCUCCAGUGAUGGCUCCGACAGCGUGCACGUCCCCGUUCCGCUUCCAGUGGUCUCACUGGCCGGCGUGGACGACUCCUAUCCGCCGCAGAAGAAGUCCUUCAUGAUGCUGAAGUACAUCCAUGACCAUUACCUGGAUCAAUAUGAAUGGUUCAUGCGAGCGGAUGAUGAUGUUUACAUCAGAGGUGAGAAGCUGGAGUUGUUUUUGAGUUCUCUGAACAGCAGUAACCCUCUUUACCUGGGCCAAACUGGCCUCGGCACGCCAGAGGAGUUGGGCAAACUAGCUCUGGAGCCUGGGGAGAACUUCUGCAUGGGUGGACCUGGGAUGAUCUUCAGCAGAGAGGUUCUACGCAGGAUGGUGCCGCACAUCGGUUCUUGUCUCAAGAAGAUGUACACGACACAUGAGGAUGUGGAAGUCGGCCGCUGUGUACGACGCUUUGCAGGGACGCAGUGCGUGUGGGCCUAUGAGACGCAGCAGCUAUUCUACGAAAACUACGAACACAGGAAAGGUUUCAUUGAGGAGCUUCACCGCAGCAAGAUCCACAAUGCCAUUACGCUACAUUCCAAUAAAAGGCCCGACUACCUGUACCGACUCCAUAACUACAUGUUGACCCGUGAAAUCUCAAGGCUGCGUCACAGCAGCAUCCUGCUGCACCGUGAAAGCCUGACCAUGACAGGUCUCAGCCUUACAGAAAUGAAUUGGGAGGACCAGCUGCUGGGAGCACCGCCUUCCUACAUGCGGUAUCAACCCAGCGAGCGCGAUGACGUCAUCGAGUGGAAUUUUUUGACCGGCCGUCACGUUUACUCCGCUGUUGAAAACAAGAUGGCCAGACAAAGCCUUGGUAGCUCACUUCGGACGGCUUUAGAAGACAUCAUGCUCCAGGUGAUGGAAAUGAUCAACGGAAAUUCUAAAACACGCGGCCGUAUGAUAAACUUUAAAGAGAUUCACUACGGUUAUUACAGGGUGGAUCCGAUGCACGGGGCUGAGUACGUCUUGGACUUACUGCUCCUGUACAGAAAACACAAAGGUCGUAAAAUAACCGUGCCUGUGAGGCGUCACGCUUACCUCCAGCAGUCCUUCAGCCGCCCCUUCUUUUGCGAGACCGAGGAGUUAAACGUGGCAGAACUUGUGCUCGCUAUAAACUCUGAAUCCCGGUCUCUAUCCUUUCUAUCCAACCCCCUCAAGUUACUGUCUCCUUUCCAGUUCUACGAGUCAACCCGAGAAUCGAGGGAGCAAAGCCAGAGGAAAGUCAACAUCCUGGUCCCGCUGUCCGGUCGCUACGACACCUUUGUCCGUUUUAUGGAGAACUUCGAACAAGUGUGCUUGAUACCCAAAGAAAACGUUAAACUCUCAGUCAUCCUAGUAGACACUGAGAGUUUUCAAGACAAAGGGAAACAUGUUCAGUUAAUCAAAAGUUACAACAAGAAAUAUCCCAAAGCUGACCUAGCAGUGAUUCCAGUGACAGGAAACUUUUCUCGGGGAUUUGCUCUUGAACUUGGCUCCUCGCUGUCUGAUAAUGACACUUUACUAUUCUUCUGUGACGUGGAUCUCAUCUUCAAUGCGGAUGCCCUGCAGCGCUGCAGAGAUAACACGGUGCAAGGAAGACAGGUCUUUUUUCCCAUCGUAUUUAGUCAGUACGACCCCAGUAUCGUGUAUGCCGAUAAAGCUGAGAGAGAAAACAAGUUUUUUGUCACCAUAAAAAGCGGGUUUUGGCGCGAUUACGGCUUUGGGAUAGCCUGCGUUUUUAAGAGCGAUCUCCUCGAAGCUGGUGGAUUCGACACCUCAAUCCUUGGUUGGGGAUUGGAAGAUGUAGACCUUUUCACGAAGGUCGUUCAAUCUGGUUUGACAGUGUUUCGCAGUCAGGAGCCAGGAAUGAUUCAUAUUUAUCAUCCGGUCCAUUGCAGCCCCGGUCUUGAUCCAAAGCAAUUGAAAAUGUGCCUCGGGUCCAAAUCAAGUACGUAUGCUUCAACAAUGCAUUUAGCAGAGAUGUGGAUGGACAAGCACAUUGAAGUCGGGUAUAACAGAACUUCAUCUUGACAUUCCAGCUUGUGUUGACCAUACAGGUUUACCUCAAUUCUGCUUGGAAUGCAUGUGCUAUACAUGUUGCAGGUUUGGUUGUUAUCAUCAGUCAUCAACAAUUGAGAACAGAGAAAUGGAUAUUGGAACAGUGUAGGUCUGACUUGGUAAGAUAUGGACAGUAAGUAGUGGUAGUAGUAUACAAUACUGAUAUUGGAGCCUUCAGUAUUGGCCGAUAUCGAUAUUAAGCCGGUAUCAGCACGAAUCAUAACACAUACUUUUAUUAUUUCGUAGAAAGGACUUUUAUUAUUUUGAAAAAAGGGUUUGAUCAAAUGAAAUUACUCAAACAGAGAACAAUAGGGGUGUAACGGUACACAAAAAUUUCGGUUCGGUUCAUUUUUGGUACAGUAAGAAAACAACAAAAUAAACAUUUUUUGGUUACCGGUAUUUAUUUACCAAAUUUGUAAACAAUGGCAUCACAUACAUACACACACAGGGUCCAUUGCCAGGGUUAAUGUGGCCAACAUAUAUCAAAUAAAAACUAAAUAAGAUAAGGCUCAGAAUGGUUUCUUAACAAAACCUUUCUACAUAUAAAGUGCUUUUUUUGAUUGAUUGAUUGAGACUUUUAUUAGUAUAUCGCACAGUACAGUACAUAUUCCGUACAAUUGACCACUAAAUGGUAACACCCCAAUAAGUUUUUCAACUUGUUUAAGUCGGGGUCCACGUUAAUCAACAUUAAACUGCCUCAAGUUGUUGCUCAGAUUUAAUAAAAUGACAAAACUUUUCUUCUACAUAUAAAGAGUGCAACAUUGAAUAGUUUCAAGUCAACUCAGUCUCAGAUUAACUUUUCUUCCCCCCCCCUCAGCCUGGCUAACUUGGCAGUAAGAGGAUAUAUGGGCUUAUUGUUCUUCCACCAUAGAAGUGGGUCAAAAUCUAGUUUCUAAUGCAAUAUGGUCUUAACUCUGCUGCUAUAAAAACAUUUGUUAUUGCUUUAGCCCAGCCUGACUCGCCGAGGAGAGGCUGCUUGAAUGCGGUGGUUAGCAUGUUUGACGUGUUGUCAGAAGCAGCUGCUGAACAAUGUCGGCAAACCUCCGUCCUCCAAAGUGUUCCCAAACGGGAGAUCUUAACGAGGCAGGAGGGUCUUCCAGCUCUGGCUUUUACAUGUUGUCCUAGCCCGGUCGCUGCCAACAUGCCAUGUGUUGUGUUUCGGUGUGCAUUGUUUACCCAGCGUGCGGUGCGCUACUUAAUAUGUCCGUGUGGAAACUCGUUCGGUACACCUCCGAACCGAACCGAAACCUCCGUACCGAAACGUUUCAAUAGAAAUACACCUACCGUUACACCCCUAGAGAACAAUGAUAGGUAUAAAAAACAGACUGGAUUGGACUUAUGCUGUCUUUAUUUAAACUGAAAUGGAAAUAAUUUUUUGGUGACAGUGGUCAAAAUAAUUCAAUACGUUUAGCGUAUGACUCUCAUGAUGCAGUUGAAUGAUGCGGACACGUUUGUUACUGGAUGAUUUCUAAUACGUGUCUGCCUUUGGAGAUUUUGUAUAUGUAAGUAAUAUGCAACUAUAAUUAUUUGUUACUUGUUUACAUUGACAAAUGGGCCGUUAAAGACUCCCAGUAGACUAUAGCCUAUACCAUGUUUACUUUUUGUAAACGACUUGACUAAAAUACACGAAAAGACCAACUAUGUGCGCUUAAUGGAGGACAUUUGGGUGUCAGAUGUUAACUGGCUGGCCAGCUUCACACAAGUUAAAACGCUACAGGAUUGCUUAUGUCUGAUAUUUUAGAUAUAUUGAUAUCUUGUUUUUUUUUUUGCUGAUAUCGGACUGAUGUCAAUAUCGGAAUCAGGACACAUCUAUAAAAGAAUGCAACCUUCUUUCUGCACCAAAAUCACGCCUGCACAUGAGAUUUACUGGGAGAGCGACUGCAACGUAGGUCGCAGCAGGAACCGUGCGCCUGCCACAACGGACCACAGGAAUGUCCCAAUUCCGUGCUCUUGAGUCCACGCAGCCAGUAAGGAACGGCCAUGUGACGAUGGCGAGUUGAGCGGCGCCGCAGCCGACGAAGAGGAGGAUGAGGAGUGUGUGCCAACCGCUCCCACAGCAGACGUGGAGGACAAUGACGUUCACGAUGGUGAACGUGACAAUCAUGUUUUCUACCUCUAUGCCAGUGCAGGCUUUGUGCAGACUAUUUUCUUGUAUUAUAUUGUUGAUUUAAAAAAUUAUAGAUGAUGGAAUUAUAUGAAUUAUAGCUUCUCAAUCAGACGUUUACAUAACAUAUUUUUGUACAUAAUUUCGGUUAAAACCAGCUUUAAAAAAGGCACCUUAAAUGGAAUGUGUUUGUCUUAUGAAGAGUCAGGUGAGCACCUAUAGACUGUUGGAAACCAGAUCUGCUUUCAUGGGCACUAUUCCCUCCAUCCAUUGGAGCGCUUUCAGUCCCUGUGGAUUACUAAUGGUGCUGCAGGAUGUUUACACCAACAAGGAGACAAAUUAAUGCUACAUAUGUCAGUAUUUUUUAAGCAAUUGAAUUGGGAAUUCGCCAAUCGAUCAACCAUCGAUUAGUGUCAGACGGUUUUGUGAAAAACUGUGUAACUGACCAUUGCCUAUUAAUGCUGUUCCUCUCUGGCUGAUCAUUUAUUUUUCAUUUAGCGGCAAGCAGCAAACAGUGUGUUAAUAAGCAGUGUGGAGCAGCUCCCAUAAGUUAAUGAUCAUAUCUAGUACCUAAAUCAGGGGUCCCCAAUCCAUUUUGACAUUUAACAUUGUCACGUUAUUGAUGGGAAAAUUCAUUUUCAGACAAUAUGAUUUGCCUGAGCGGCUAGGAGACACCGAGAGUAACAAGCGGUAGAAAAUGGAUUGGAAAGGAAAGAUUUAAAAAAAAAAAAUAAUAAUAAUAAUAAAAAACUUUUUUUUUAACUUGGGACUUCCCGUGGGCCGGAUUUUGGAUGCUGGGGGGCCGGAUCCGGCCCGCGGGCCGUAGUUUGGGGACCCCUGACCUAAAUUAUCAUCACACCGGGUAAGAGAGGGCAAGCAGAAGCAGGCAUGCUAAUAAUCGCUAAGCUUGCUGUAGCAAAAAGGCACACACGUUUGUACAGUCGUUAUGCAAGUGUUUUUGUUUUUUGGGGGAGACAAUAUAAUGUAUAUUUAUACAGUUAUUGAACAAUAAAGAUGUUUCUGAAAAAUCUGCAAAAUAUUUUUUUUCCCCCACAAUUAGACUUGCAGUAUAUUCAGCUAGACCUCUAUGUGUCAUGUGUUUUUUUUAACUUGAUUUAAUGUAUAUUCAUAAAUCUAUUUAAAACUGAAAAUAUUUUUGAAAAAUCAACUAAAAAUAUUUUUGAAAAAUGAGAGCCAAAGGACAUUCAACUAGACAAACUUUUUGACCCGGGGACCGCAUUGGGUUUAAAAAAUUUAGCCAGGGGCCGGGCUAUACAUCCAUCCAUCCAUUUUCUACCGCUUGUCCCUUACAGGCUCGCGGGGGUGCUGGAGCCUAUCCCAGCUAU